UUCGACGGACCCACGUGGAUACUGGUGACUUAUCGGCGAAAAUGGAGUCAUUGGACCGAGUGGUGAAGCCCAAAACUAAGAGGGCCAAAAGGUUUCUUGAGAAGAGAGAGCCAAAGCUCACAGAAAACACAAAGAAUGCGAUGCUAAUAAAAGGUGGAAAUGCAACUGCAACAAUAACUGACGUGCUCAAAGAUAUUUAUGCGCUGAAAAAGCCCUUUGCUGUACUAUAUAAAAAAAAAAAUAUUGCAAGACCAUUUGAAGAUCAAACGUCGCUGGAAUUUUUUUCCAAGAAAUCUGACUGUUCUUUGUUCCUGUUUGGAUCACAUAACAAGAAGAGGCCUAAUAAUCUGAUAAUAGGUCGCAUGUACGAUUAUCAUGUUCUGGAUAUGGUUGAACUGGGUAUUGAGAAGUUUGUAGCUCUCAGAGAUAUCAAGAACAGCAAGUGCCCUGAAGGGACAAAACCUAUGUUGAUAUUUGCCGGCGAUGCUUUUGACAUCAGUGAAGAACACAGGAGAUUAAAAAGCCUUCUAAUUGAUUUUUUCAGAGGCCCUGUUGUGCCCAGCGUCCGCCUGGCAGGCUUAGAACACGUUCUUCACUUCACAGCCGUUGAUGAAAAAGUCUAUAUGAGAAGUUACAAAGUACUGUUGAAAAAAUCUGGUUGCAAAAUACCAAGGAUUGAACUUGAAGACAUGGGGCCAUCGCUAGAUUUGGUGAUGAGGAGGACCCAUUUGGCCUCAGAUGAUCUUUAUAAGUUAUCUCUAAGACAGCCCAAAGCUCUCAAGCCAAAGAAGAAGAAAAAUAUUUCCCAUGAUGUCUUUGGUACAAAAUAUGGACGGAUCCACAUGCAGAAACAGGAUCUGGAAAAAUUGCAGACCAGGAAAAUGAAGGGUUUAAAGAAGAGGCCAGCUGAAAAGAAGACUGAAGAUGGAAAGAAUCCAAAGAAAGUAAAGUUAGAAUGAUAGGCUGCAUAUGGACUGAGCACUUGAGCUGGCUGCUCUUUUGAUUUAUUCAUUUAAAUGCCAUAUACUUCUGAAAUUUAUUUUGAAUGGGUUUACAGGCAAAACUACUUGAUUGUUCCUGGAAGGGUGGGAUGUUUUAAAGGGAGGGAAUGAAUAUGUAUUGCUUAAUUUUUGGACAAGUUUCUUCUGAUAACCACUUGAAACAGAUACUGCAAGCCAUUGCUUCCAACAGUGGCUUUCAGCCAUUCAGGAUGACUUGUUCUACUCCUCAUUCUUUUCCCAGCCUCUGUUGCCAUUAAGUUUUCAGAAUAUGGCAUUUAUGUGUGUGCUUUUAAAGACAUUAUCACCACGGACAUGAGCAGAAAUACAUCUGUACUCUGGAUUUUUUUAAUAAAAUAAACGUAUUUGGAUAUUCAUCAUUGGGAAAGCCAUGACCUAGGGUUUUUGGGGGGCGGGGAUAUGU